ACCUACAACAAACAGUAUUGUCUAAGCUUACAACCAUCCCUCAAUAGCUACCGACUUCAACAUGGCCGAAACUCUUCAAUCAGUGUCCAAUCCGGUUCAAGAACUAGCUCUGGAUUGCGAAACGCUUCCGGAAAGAUAUAUCUACAAACGCAGUGAUGAGGCCAUCGAUGUGGAUUAUCCGACGAUAGAUAUUCCGGUUAUUGAUAUCAACUCUUUAAAAUCUUCCUCACUAUCUGCAGAAAAAGAACUUGAGAAACUACGAGCAUCUUUAAGUUCUUGCGGUUGCUUUCAGGCAAUAAAUCAUGGAAUGACAAGUUCAUUUCUUGACCAAGUUCGCAGUAUUGGCAGAGACUUCUUUCAACUUCCGAUGAAGGAGAAGCUCAACUGCGUAAGAGCUGCUGAGGAUAUGGAAGGAUACGGGAAUGAUCCAGUGUUCUCGGAGCAUCAAGUUCUUGACUGGACUGACCGUGUGUACCUUCUCACAAGCCCCGCGGACCAGAGGAAGCUCCAUCUUUGGCCUCAAAAUCCUGAAAAUUUUAGGGAAAUAUUGGAAGAAUAUACUGAGAGGUUGAAAUUCUUAAAUGAAGCUGUCUUGAAGGCCCUCUCAAGCUCAUUGAACUUGAAAGAAAGCUGCUUUUUGGAUCAGUAUGGAGAAAACGCAAACAUGGUUGCAAGAUUCAACUACUACCCUCCUUGCCCGAGGCCUGACCUUACACUGGGACUCAAACCACACGCAGACGGAUCAGCUAUUACAUACCUUCUGCAGGACAAAGAGGUGGAAGGCCUCCAAAUCUUGAAAAAUGAUCAAUGGUUCACAGUACCAAUUGUUCCCGAUGCUCUUCUUGUUAAUGUUGGUGAUCAAGUCGAGAUAAUGAGUAAUGGGAUAUUCAAGAGUCCAGUGCAUAGAGCGGUGACAAAUGCAGAAAGAGUGAGGCUGAGUGUGGCUGUGUUCUGUUUUCCGGAUUCUGGUAGAGAGAUUGAACCAGCAGCAGAGCUGAUUACAGAGACAAGGCCAGUAUUAUACAAGAAGAUGAAGGAUUAUCUUGGUGCUUACUUUGAGAACUAUCAUCAUGGAAAGAGCACUAUAGAAGCUGCAAAAAUCUAAAAUAGACAUGCCUGUGGCCUGUGGGCACUACAGAAGUUCCAUUUCCUGCUGUAUGAAAACUGUUUUUGCUGAAUGCUGUUAUGUGGUACUUCAAAGUUAUGUAGCAAAUUGCAUAUUAAUUGUAUAUGGGAACAAUAAGUUUCAUUUAAGGAUUUGUCUAGUGUGUGUUCAUUAACACAUACUAAGCACUGAAAUUUAUAAAUUUGAUGUAUUUUGAA